GUAUAACUGUAUACAGUGCAGUAUAUAGCAGGUUAAUUUUGUAAACCAGCUGCAGGAAUUGUAAUGCAAAUUAUAUUGAAAUUUACAAAACGACCGCCCAAGCUGUGAAUAUAAGUUUAAUUUAUCAAAGGUGUCAAGUAUAAAAUUCCGAGUAAAAUUGUAUUUAUAAAUUUUACUGUGCAGCAGUUCUAAACAGCAUUAGAGGACAGAGUUUUGUCAAGUGUUGAAAUCAUUGGCCCGUCUUCGUUUACUACUACUGGUCAUAAAUUCAUCUUCUGUCGUAUAAAGGAUUGGGAUAUGCAGAACUUCAGCAGAAACGUCACUCGACCUCAGAUCCGGUACGAUUUCUCCAUAUUCAAUCCUAGUACGAUGCCUGUCUUUAUUGCGUUCCCUGUUAUAUCUUGGCUGGUUAAUAUUAACCUGGUAAUAACAAUAUUUAUUGACCGACUUCACUGCUUAAAGAAAACGUCUGGAUGGUUUGUCGCAAACCUCAGCAUCGCGUCAACAAUUUCUGCCACGUCAGCCAUCCUAUUUGCCACGCAAUUUUUUGGUUCUGACAUUAGAAUAAAAAAUAAGCAUUUCUGGACGGCAUUACGAAUGCUUAUGGGCACUUCUGGCACAUGUGUGGGCUUCUCAAUACUUGCUAUCUCCUUGGAACGUCUGUUCCUCGUGUGUCGCCCCAUUCGUUAUAAAGUUUUCAUGACUCAAAAAAAGGCGAAGCGGAUUAGCAUUGGAACUUGGUUCACGACGAUUGGCAUUAACGGUUUAUUUGUUUGGUUCCAUCAUGACUACCCAACAGUUUAUAAAUACUGCCGUUUUUUCAGAAUAGCAAUAGUUGCUGUCAUCGUCGUUAUAAAUGGAGUGACUUUCAUGAAGUUGAAAAACAUGAACAAAGAUUUAGAUCGAAUCACGGACAAUGUCGUGCACACGGUUCUCCUGGCUCGACUGAAAGUUGAACGGACGUUCUCCCGAGUUGUUAUGAUGCUGCUUCUGAACUAUGUCUUUUUUGCUUCUCCAAUACUCGUUAUUCAUGCUUUAAUCAACGAGGAUAAGUCACGCGCAGGUUGUCUUUUUGCAGGAAAAGUGCCUUUUGGGACUCUUUAUUUCGUCUCCUUAAUUCUGGCGCAGUUUCACGCCCUGAACGUCGCGUUGCUGUAUCUUGCCCUUAUUCCUAAAUAUCGUCAAUCUUUUGUUGCAGACUGGAAGUUAGUUCUUUCGUUCUUUUCAACAAAUUGAAAUCAUAUAACUUCAUUUCAAGGCAAGUUGAAAACGCGAAAAAUCUCGUUAUUGGAAGAAUCUGUUAGGAAGCAAGCAUGCAGUUUCGUAAAUUGCUUUGCAUAAUACAAUUCUCACCCUUCGUAAGAGAUAUGAUAGGAAAUUGUGACUUUGUGUUGAAUGUGAAAUAGCUUGUGAUAGACGGCUCGUAGGCGUUUGUAUAUAUAAAAAGUAAUCAGAUUUAACUAUAUUAAGGUAACUGUUCAAAGAAGAGAUUCGAUGGAUUUGAAGAUAACUACAAUUCAACUGCAUGUUAGUGAUUGAAUAAAACACCUUCGAACAUUUUAAAUCCGUUGAAUAUUAAUACAUAAGAUUGUUUAGACUUUUCCAUGCAUAAAUAGUUCCUGGAACCAAUAGCAAUACCAGUGCAGUAAAGAGCACGCGUUUAUAUACAUAAUUCGCCUGCAUGCAAGCAUGGAACCAUUCAUUUCUUUUUUUUAUAUGCAUUAGGAAAAGUGUAGAGACUAGAGACAUUGGUGCACUUUAUCAGUGGCUUAAAGUAUCUGACAUUAGUCAUUAUUAUAUAUUUUCAAUAAAAAAUUCUGCAUCGUCAGUACCUUUUAUGAUGUAAUGGUUUUCCCCAAACGCGUGUCGUCAUAUUACGUCUGCAUGAUACAUGAAUACGGAAAAUACCGGGGCUAACCAUUGAUGCUUCAGCAUCGGGCAUGAAAUUUCAUUUCAGAACUGUAUCACUACACUAUAUGGAGGUUUCAACGUCCAGUCGUUGAACCAAACCAUCCAUGAGUCGAAGCAAAGCGCCGGCAUUUGAAGACGAUUUCGAAAUUCUUCAGACGAAUAAUAAUCAGGACGAGUUAGCAAGCGAAAGUGCAUAUCCGGGGCAAAGUGAAAGCAGAAACAUGGAGAAUGGCGAAAGCUUGUCUUCUUCUGAAAGAUCAGUUAGUGCUGAAAGACCUGUUCCUGUAAAGAGAACACGAACGCCGGUUGGCAAUGAUAACGAAAAGGAACAGCACUACAAGCGAGAAUUGCAAUGGUUGAAAGAAAAGGAAGAGCUUCUGGCCAAAAAAAAAGCAUAUGAAAACGAGUUGAAGCGAAAAGAUGAAGACAUUUCAUGGUUGCAAGAACAGAUGGAAAAACAAGAAGAAAUCAAGAACUUUCUUCUGAACGAAGUUGAAUCUUUAAAAACAGAAAAAGAAAAGCUGGAAAAACGGAUUUACCAGUGUGAGGCUAAAAUGGAGGAAGAUUGUGAAAAAAUCAAAGAAUUGGAGGGAAAAAGCCAGGAGUCCGAGGUCGGACUUUUAAAACGCAACAAAGAGUUGGAAGACCAGGUGAAUGAUCUUCAGACAUCUUUACAAGAUAAAGAAACGUUGUUGGACGAUACCUCAAAGAAUGUAAAAGUUUUUGAAGAAAGGGAGGAGGAACACCGACAAAUCAUCUCACGUCUGGAAAACGAAUUGGCAACUGUGAGGGAAGACCUAGCAAAUAUGAGUGAACAAAAAGACGAAAAGAGUCAAGAAAUCAAUGAGCUCGAGUCAAGGAAUAUGCAAAUACAAGAAAUGCGAUCCGAAGGUGAACAAGAAUCGAUAAUACGAAUCAAAGCCUUGCAAGACCAGUAUGACGACCUGUUAUCCAUUCACGAUGGUAUGGAGAAAGAGUUGCACCAAUGUAAAACAAAUUUUCGAAAGGCAACGCAAGAAAACCAGCAAAUUUUGCAACAAAAGGAUGAAGCUAUACGCAGGACUGAAGAACAGGCCACAGAAUUGGAGCAUUACAACAAUAGCAUCCGCGAGGUAACGCAAGAAAAAGACGCUCUCGAGUCUGAGCUGAUCGAAGUUAAACUUCGUGCAAGAGGUUUGAGAGAAGACAAUGAUAGCCAAUCUCGUGAAAUGGAGGAAGUGCUCAACAAAUCCACUCAUAUAAGCGAUGAACGAGAUUUUUACGCCAAGAAAUGCAAAGAAUUGGAACAAGGUGUGAGAUUAAACGCUCAAAUUGAAAUAAAGCAGCUAACGCAGACAUUGGAGGCGCUCAGAGGAGAAAACGAUGUGAUAAGAAAAAGAAGUGACGAGUACAAAGAUGACAACGCUGCUUUGCGAAGUGAGAAAAUGGCACUGGAAGAGAAACUUCAGCGGUUUCGUGCAACAGGUGCAGACGUACGUGCAACAGGUGCAGACGUAGGAAGAGAAAAUGGCGGAUAUAGUCGUUCACUGGGUCCCAAAGAUGAACCUUUUCGUCAAAAAUCAAUCAAUUUGGAGGAAGAGAACACAAGUCACAGGGAAACUAGACAGAGAAUGGCCCCCACCUCAACUGAGCAAUGGUACGAUUCAGGCGAAGGAGCUCGGCUUUUGCAACGCAUUUACGAAGAGCUUCUUAAGAUAUUUAGCACGAUUGAGAUUAACAGAGCCACUUCAACGAAAGAUAUCUCGCUUCUGAUCACGACCGACAGAAGUGAAAUAUUCAACGUUAACUUCCCCAAAGAUUUCCCUAAAGGCGCAGUAAGCGUCAUGCACAAUGGUCGGCGGACGGAAUUCAUGUCUGGUCGUGGUAAAAACGCUGUGGAUACAUGUCAAGAAGUGGUUAAAAUGUUGAAGGAGUUGGCGUACGGGUAUACGUAGAACUGUUUUGAAGGCGAGAAUAGAGUACAUUUUGGGGGGAGGGGAUUUGAUUGUAACCAGCUUCAUAAGUCUAGCAGUAAGCCCAAAUUAGAUUGGUUACAAUGUAGUUAAUUGUACCAUUAUAAAAUACAUUUAAUAUGUUUGUAACUAUGAAACAUCUGUGAUUUAAGAACUUUAAAGUUUCACAAAGUAAUUUUGUUUAUUGGACUUCUUCUUUGACCGUGAAAAAGAAACUAUGAUUUAGAAAUAGUCAGUGUUAAUAAUUGAAAUACGAUACAGUGUUGUAUACUAAACUAUUGUAAGGGUUAAAUCGUAAAUUACAACGGUAUAGACAGUAU